AUGCGGCUGCAGCUUCCGGAAAUUCCGCAGCUGCCGCCGGCGCAGCAGGAGCCCGAAAGGCCCCCCAGAAGAGACCCCAGCCCUCUGCGAAGUCCUUCUGUAAAUGCUCAUCGAGAACGGGUCCCGCGGCGGGAGCAUCUUGUGCACGGCGGUUCAUUUCUGAUAGAAACAGCAGGUGCUGCAGCUGGCUUUGCUGCUGCUGCUGCAGCGCGGAAUCCUGCUGCUGCUGCUGCUGCGCGGAGUUCUGCUGCUGCUGCUGCUGCUGGCAGGGGCGGCGUGUCUCGCGGUUCGAGUCCUUUGUCUCGACCUUGUGCUGCUUCUUCUUUUUUGAAAUCUGUAAAUUCUUUUAAUUUAAAAAGUUCCUUUUUCAACUGCUGCCAAGACAACAGCAGCAGCAGCAGCAGCAGCAGCAGCUGCUGCUGCACCCCCGCGCGCCACAGCACCUGUCCAGACACCGCAAGCGCCUUCGCAGACACCUCCACUCCUCCGGAACUUUCCGAUUUUUCUCAUUUUCAAAUAAAUCAAAUUUCUCCGGAAGUUCCAUUAAAGAGAUACAUUCCUCCGAAUUACUUUGAAGACGCGGGCUACUGGAGCCAGCCUGCUGCUGCUGCUGCUGCUGCCGCAGCAACGCCCACUGCUGCAGCAGCAGCGCCCGCCGCAGCAGCAACGCCCACUGCUGCUGCAGCAGCGCCGACGCAGCAGCAGCACGAACAAAGGCCCUUCACCCCGAAACAGCGAACACUCCACCAGCAGCAGCAGCAGCAGCAGCUGCAGCAGCAGCAGCAGCAGCAGCAAUAUGAAUUUCCCGAAAGAACUGAUUCUCCUGACUCGCUGCUGCCAGUUGUGGGGCGCAGCAUUGGGCUGGACGUACACCGCAGUUUGCCACCAGUUCAAACUCGGGUGUACGGAGGCCUCGAUGAAGUUUCAGCUGUGCGGGACGAGAGCCGGACGAUGUUUAGCCGGCAGCGGGCGGAAGCAGCAGCAGCAGCAGCAGCAGCAGCAGCAGCGCAGCAAGCAGCAGCAAAAGAAAUAAUUGAAACCGUUGUUCCGAAAACAAAAGUGCAGCAAAGAAUUAAAUAUGUGGAUUUGGAGUUCGUCCAAAACCAACAGAAAUUCGUCGAAGUCCCCGAAGUCUUCUACAGCGACGUUAUUGUAGAAGUGCCGCAAGUGGUGGAAGUGGUGAAGAUCGUUCCGAAAGAAGAAAUAAAAGAAAACAUAAUUUAUGUUCCGCGUUUCGAAACGAAAUAUAUUCCAAAAUAUGUCGAAGUCCCCAUUAUUAAAAUUGUCGACAGAUAUGAAGAAGUCCAGGAAAUCCAAGAAGUCCUCAAGCCCGUCCCCAAACAGGCUCUUGUCGACUACGAAGACGUUGCGGUGUAUCGACAGAAGGAAGAGCCGCGAAUAAUAAAAGAAGAAAUAAUAAAUCACAAACCCCACUUCAUUAAUAUUCCUCUUCCCUUUGAACAACAAGUAGUGAAGGUGGUGGAGCAGCCAUACUUCGUGAACCGCUACAGAGACAAUUUGCUGCCGCUGCUGCUGCAGCCAAAAGUUGCUGCUGUUUUUAAUGUGGGGCCCCACACGCAGCAGCAGCAAGUGCCAGUUGCUGCGCCUUACCUCGUCACCCACACCAGCCACCAGUCCCGCCCGCUGCUGCAGCACCAGCUGCUGCAGCAGCAGCAGCAGCAGCUGCAGCAGCAGCAGCAGCAGCACCUGCAGCAGCAUGUGGGGCCGGACUAUGCGCGCGGAAGCACCCCCCCGUACGGGGAAAGCGAUCCUUGGGCUGAAAGGUCUUUGCAGCAGCAGCAAGACCAUUCGCCAUGGCUCGAUAGCCAAUACGGAGCAGCAGCAGGAGACCUGCAGCAGCAAGAUGAAGGGAACGCAGCAGCAGCAGCAGCUGCUGCUGACUGCCUUUCUCCAUGUGCCUCUGGCUGCAGCCCUUCAUCGUUUUUCAGCUGCGCCAACUGA